AUGUGCAACGUCAACGCGCUCGGAGUCUACGUGUGGGAGACGAUCGUUUUCUUCAGCCUGGCAGCCUCCAAAGAAGCUGAAGCAGCAGCACGAUCUGCACCCAAACCCAUGUCUCCUUCCGAUUUCUUGGAUAAGCUGAUGGGGCGAACUUCAGGAUACGAUGCCAGGAUCAGGCCAAAUUUUAAAGGGCCACCAGUGAAUGUCAGCUGCAACAUUUUCAUCAACAGCUUUGGUUCGAUUGCAGAAACGACUAUGGAUUACAGGGUGAACAUCUUCCUGCGACAGCAGUGGAAUGACCCACGGCUGGCGUACAACGAAUACCCUGAUGACUCUCUGGACCUGGACCCCUCUAUGCUGGACUCCAUCUGGAAGCCUGACUUGUUCUUCGCUAAUGAGAAAGGGGCCCAUUUCCAUGAGAUUACCACAGACAACAAGCUUCUGAGGAUCUCCAGAAACGGCAAUGUCCUGUACAGCAUCAGGAUCACACUGACUCUGGCCUGCCCCAUGGACCUGAAGAACUUCCCCAUGGAUGUACAGACGUGCAUCAUGCAGUUAGAAAGCUUUGGCUACACAAUGAACGACCUCAUAUUCGAGUGGCAAGAAAAAGGAGCCGUGCAAGUGGCUGACGGGCUGACGUUGCCUCAGUUUAUCCUCAAAGAAGAAAAAGACUUGAGAUACUGCACAAAGCACUACAACACAGGCAAGUUCACCUGUAUAGAAGCUCGUUUCCACCUGGAGCGGCAGAUGGGCUAUUACUUGAUCCAGAUGUACAUUCCCAGCCUCCUUAUUGUCAUUCUGUCCUGGAUCUCCUUCUGGAUCAAUAUGGAUGCUGCACCUGCUCGUGUUGGGCUGGGGAUCACCACAGUGCUCACUAUGACCACACAGAGCUCUGGUUCCCGAGCAUCACUGCCCAAGGUGUCCUAUGUGAAGGCCAUAGACAUUUGGAUGGCUGUGUGCUUGCUGUUUGUGUUCUCCGCACUUCUAGAGUACGCUGCCGUCAACUUCGUGUCUCGGCAGCACAAAGAGCUGCUCAGGUUCAGAAGGAAGAGGAGGCACCAUAAGAGUCCCAUGCUCAAUCUGUUUCAGGAGGACGAAGCUGGCGAAGGCAGGUUCAACUUCACCGCCUACGGGAUGGGACCAGCUUGCCUACAAGCCAAGGAUGGCAUCUCCGUCAAGGGCGCCAACAACAACAACACGGCCAACCCGGUCCCCCCGCCGUCCCGCUCCCCCGAGGAGAUGCGAAAGCUCUUCAUUCAACGAGCCAAGAAGAUCGACAAGAUCUCCCGCAUCGGCUUCCCUAUGGCGUUCCUCAUCUUCAACAUUUUCUACUGGAUCAUCUACAAGAUCGUCCGCAGAGAGGACGUGCACAACCAUCACGGGUUUGCCGAUCAAACACUUUGUGACUUUUGGAUAGAGGAAAGCAAAUACAUUAUCCCUUCCAUCCCCAUCAGAGAGCAUCCAAUGGGAAACCCGAGAAGGACAUCAGGGCCUUCAUCAGAAAUCACAGGUACCUCCUGUCCUUUUAGAUGACCUGACAGGAUUCUUGUCCCAGGAGUCAGAAAUACUAUUCAGAACAUUAGAAAUGAUGAAGGAUCUAUUUUUUUUUCCA